UCUGGGCAGCUCGAAAACAACUGCACUACGUACGUCAGUUCUGCUUUACUUCUGACUAAGAAAGCUUCUGUAUUUCGGUUUUCUCGAGAAUUCAGGUAGUUUUGUCCUUCUUUAACUAUCUCUUCAGAUGAUAUGGAAGCGGUUAAGGAUGGUAACACCAAAACAUUUUUAACGAUCGAAUUCGCACCACGAUAAUGUCCAAUAGUUUUGAUAUUGAUGAUAACAGUAUUCAACAGAUUAGGAAUUGUAUAAAUCUAUCGCUAAAAAUGCAACGAAGUUUCAAGAAAAUGAAGAGGAGCAUCCGUAAGAUAACCGAAACUUCGACGAGUGUUCAACCUCACUGCGUUUUCGUAGAGAACAUGCAAGACGAUGAGAAACAACCACUGUACGUAAUUCCGGAACGGCUUUCUUCUUUAACGUGCCAAACGGGAUUUUCAAAGGACGAAAUACGGAAGCUAUAUCGCGCCUUCAAGCAGUAUUGUCCUAGAGGGGCCGUAACCACGAAUGAUCUAAAACCAGCCUACGCAAAGUUAUUUCCAUUAGGAGAUCCAGCGAAAUAUACACAAAUCGUUUUUAAUACUUUUGAUAAGGAUAGGGAUGGUAUCGUCAGCUUCGGAGAUCUCCUGAACGAAAUAGCCUUAAUUACCAAUGGUGACGUAGAUCAAAAACUCGCAUGGAUUUUCAGAUUUUACGACUUAAACGGGGACGGUUAUAUCACCAGAAAAGAAAUGUUGGUUAUAGUGUCCGCGAUUUAUGAGAUGCUACAUAACGGGCACAUUAUUCAACGAAUGGUCGACAGGCACGUGGAUAAAGUUUUUGAAAAGAUGGACAUUGAUAAGGAUGGAGUUAUAUCCCAGGAAGAAUUUAUGAAUGGUUGCAAAAAUGAUAGUGUAAUUCAAAAACAACUGGUAAUAUUUAAUCAAUUUUGGUGAUGGAGUAUACACAC